GCCCCGUCCCGUGUCCGUGCGGCUGCGAGGGGGAAGGGGCCGGCUCGCUGCCCGCCGGCCCGGCCCGUCUGCGGGCGGAUUGAUGAGGGGGGGUCGGACAUGAGUCCGCCGGCCGCCGGGUGCUGCCAUGUGACCGGCUUCAAGGUGGAGAACUGGAAGCAGAACCUGCGGGCGAUCUACCAGUGCUUCGUGUGGAGCGGCUCGGCCGAGACCAGGAAGCGCAAGGCAAAGUCGUGCAUUUGUCACAUGUGUGGUGCCCACCUGAACAGACUCCACUCUUGCCUCUAUUGUGUCUUCUUUGGCUGUUUUACAAAGAAACAUAUUCACGAGCACGCAAAGACAAAACGACACAACUUGGCCAUAGACCUUUUGUAUGGGGGUAUAUACUGCUUUAUGUGUCAAGAUUACAUAUACGACAAAGACAUGGAACAAAUUGCCAAAGAGGAACAACGGAAGGCUUGGAAAUUACAAGCCUUCACCCCAACAGUGGUUUCUCACUACCAGUGUACAAUGACAGGCAUUGGAGAGAAGUAUUCAACAUGGGAGCCAACCAAACGAGAGUUAGAAUUGCUACGACACAACCCCAAGCGGAGAAAAAUAACCACAAAUUGCACCAUAGGUCUACGAGGGCUCAUCAAUCUUGGGAACACAUGUUUUAUGAACUGUAUUGUCCAGGCACUUACCCACACUCCACUACUGCGAGAUUUCUUCCUCUCCGACAGGCACAAAUGUGAAAUGCAAAGCCCCAGCUCAUGUCUGGUCUGUGAAAUGUCUACACUUUUUCAGGAGUUUUACUCUGGGCACCGAUCUCCUCACAUUCCAUAUAGGUUAUUGCACCUGGUAUGGACGCAUGCACGGCAUUUAGCAGGGUACGAGCAACAGGAUGCACACGAGUUCCUCAUUGCUGCAUUAGAUGUGCUUCACAGACACUGCAAAGGUGACGAUAAUGGGAAGAAGGCCAACAACCCCAACCACUGUAACUGCAUCAUAGACCAAAUCUUCACAGGCGGACUGCAGUCUGAUGUCACUUGUCAAGUCUGCCAUGGUGUUUCCACAACGAUAGACCCGUUCUGGGACAUCAGUUUGGAUUUGCCAGGCUCUUCUACACCAUUUUGGCCGCUGAGCCCGGGGAGUGACGGCAGUGUGGUGAAUGGGGAAAGCCAUGUAUCGGGCACCACCACACUUACAGACUGCUUGCGAAGGUUUACAAGGCCAGAACAUCUAGGAAGCAGUGCCAAAAUCAAAUGCAGUGGUUGCCAUAGCUACCAGGAAUCUACAAAACAACUCACUAUGAAGAAAUUACCCAUUGUGGCCUGUUUUCAUCUCAAACGGUUUGAACACUCAGCCAAACUGAGGCGAAAGAUCACUACGUAUGUCUCCUUUCCGCUGGAGUUGGACAUGACGCCAUUUAUGGCUUCCAGCAAAGAGAGCAGAAUGAAUGGGCAGUACCAACAGCCAACGGAUAGUCUAAACAAUGAUAAUAAGUAUUCCUUGUUUGCAGUAGUUAAUCACCAAGGCACCUUGGAGAGUGGGCACUAUACCAGCUUCAUCCGGCAGCACAAGGACCAGUGGUUCAAAUGUGAUGAUGCCAUCAUCACCAAGGCUAGCAUUAAGGAUGUACUAGACAGCGAAGGAUAUUUGCUGUUCUAUCACAAACAGUUCCUGGAAUAUGAGUAGCCUUAUCCAGCAGCUUGUCAGAUAAAUGAAAGGAAGAAAAUAAGCAAGCCUUCUAAAAUGACACACAAACCUACCUGAAAUGAAAAGACCCAUUAAACAACAACUAGCACUGAGCAGUAACAAGACCUACUUGACACUGGCUCACAGCCUGGCGGAGUAAGAAAUGAACAAUGUCCAACGUGUAUGCAGUCCCGCAAGGACAGAAAGGGGGGGAAAAAAGAGGCUACAGUCAGUCACUUAAGAGCAGAAAUAUAAAAUGAGAGGAAUGCUCUGGGUGGGGGAAAUGGGAGCAGAGGAGUCCGGGCACUGGUACAUCUCCUAUGUUCCUCCAAAAAGUGUGUGGGAAGGCAAGGGGGUGUGCCAUCAUCUCCAUAAAGCAUCUUCUCCAUUGGUGCUUCAGCUCCAACUGACCAAUCAUAUAACAGUUAUUAUUAAAAAUCCAAGCCCAUUUUUGAUGCAUAUGGGUCUGAAAGCAGUAAAGUGGAGGAGAAUGGGAUGACACAACUAAAGGACUUUGCAAGUAUCUUUUUAUUUGUGAAUUUUAGUUAUUAAAUAAAUACAGUAUGAAACUAUUAGGCUCUUUUUUUCGACAAAAGUAAAAGAAAUCCUGGAUUGUGGAACUGAAGCUACAGUACUGAGACAGGUUUUCAAGCAUGCCUGCUGCACAGGUGGUAAUCUGCCAUCAGACUGCUCAUCAAAGCAUCUGCACAGAUUCUUUUCUGUUUGAGCCCUUUGUUUUGUUUUGUUUUUCUAUAAAUAGCUAUUUUCUUAAUUUUUUUCCUUUUAUUCCCUUUUUUCACGAGAAUGAAAUUCAUAAAUGGAACCAUCAGUAAAAUGAAUGAAUUGGCGUGUUUAUACUGUAA